AUGAGACGCCCUCACCUGGGCCUUCUUGCCCGUCGCUCCUGGAUUUGCACGCGCUGUCGAGCGGCCAACUACUCCUCCACCGCGCCAGUCCGCGCUGCCACCAAGUCCAAGACGAAUCUCCCGGAUGCGCCUGCCAGAACCCGAUUUGCGCCGUCACCGACAGGAUAUCUUCAUCUUGGCUCAUUGCGGACGGCAUUGUUUAACUACCUUCUCGCUAAACGAACGGGGGGCCAAUUCCUGCUGCGGAUUGAGGAUACAGACCAGAAACGAACGAUUCCCGGGGCAGAGCAGCGGCUGUAUGAAGAUCUACAAUGGGCUGGAUUGCAAUGGGAUGAAGGUCCCAUCGUUGGAGGUCCUUAUGGUCCAUAUAGACAGUCCGAGCGAACAGCCAUUUACCGCAAACAUGCCAACGAAUUAAUCAACAACGGCCACGCAUACAGAUGCUUCUGUUCCGCAGAACGUCUCGACUCCCUUGCUAGACACCGCAGCCAAGCCGGCCUCGCUCCCGGAUACGACAGAAAAUGCGCAGACGUCUCCCCCGAGGAAUCCGAGGAAAGAGCAGCGAACGGAGAAGCGCAUGUGGUGCGGUUGAGGAUGGAAGGGUAUCCCAUGUUCAAUGAUCUCGUCUAUGGCAAGACCGGCCAGAACCGCCCAAGUAGCAAGCUGGAUCUCAUCGACCGGGUCUUCGACGACCCAAUCAUGAUCAAAUCAGACGGGCACCCGACGUAUCAUCUUGCAAAUGUGGUGGACGACCACUGCAUGAAGAUCACUCAUGUUAUCCGGGGCACGGAAUGGAUGCCAUCAACACCGAUGCAUGUCGCCCUCUACAAAGCGUUCAACUGGACGCCCCCACGAUUUGGCCACGUCCCUCUGCUUGUAGACAAGUCUGGUCAGAAGCUCAGCAAGCGGAACGCAGAUAUCGACCUCAGUUUCUUCAAGGAUAAGCAAGGCAUAUUUGCAGCGAGCCUAAUCAACUUCGCCGCACUUCUUGGCUGGUCGCACACCCAAAAAUCAGACCUCUUCAGUCUUGAAGAGUUAGAGCAAUUGUUCAACCUCAAGAUCACCCGCGGCAACACCGUCGUCGCCUUUGAAAAGCUCUGGUUCCUGCAAAAGGCACAUGCCCAGCGCUUCGCCGCUACAGGCGGCCCCGUCUUCGCCGAGAUGGUCUCCAAAGCGUCCGAGGUCGUCAAAGAAACAUACGCAGCUGACCAACUAACAACCAUCCUCGACUUCCGCGCCUUGUCGGAAUACAUCUCCCUCCUCCUCAAAGCAGACGCCAAGUCAUAUACCAAUGCCCCCGAAUUCAUCCACCGCAACUCCACCUUCUUCACAACCACCCUCACCAGACCCCCCUACACCCCAGCCGCCACCUCAUCCUCGGGCCCCUCCACCCCCAUCCCCAUCACAGCCCUGCACACCGCCGCUGCGGCGCUCACCCUCGUCCCAGAACCACACUGGACCAUCGAAACACACCGCGCCAACAUCGCCGCAUACGACGGCUCGUCCGCCACCCCGGCCGCACCAGAGACCCCCGCCGACCCCGAAAAGGCCCGCAUCGCCGCAGACAAGGCCUUCAAGAAGGAACUGUACCACUAUCUGCGCUGGGCGCUGUCAGCCGGCGCCCCGGGCCCGGGCAUCCCCGAGACGAUGACGAUCCUGGGCCGGCCGGAGACGCUCCGGCGGCUCGACGAGGCGAAACAGCUCACGGCGGAGUUGGCCGCGGCGGCACCUGCCAGGGUUCCGAAGUCGUCUCAGAUGCAAGAGGGUCAGGGAACGGAGUGGAUGGGUUCUCUGGCUCCGCGGUCUUAG